AUGGCUGUCAAGAUUAAAGAGGGGGUGCAAAAGCAGUUUGAUGUUGGAUUCCUUGUUACUGAUGAGUAUCCUCUGUGGGUGGCUAACAUUGUACCCGUUCCAAAGAAAGAUGGAAAGCUAUUAGAUUUCAUUGUCAGUCAGAAAGAGGACUACCAAAAGGAUUUUGACAACAUCAAGGAGUAUCUGCUCGACCCUCCUAUUUUGUCUCCUCUAGUGGAAGAAAUACCUUUGAUUAUGUAUUUGACUGUAUUAGAAGAAUCCAUGGGAUGUGUGCUUGGACAACAAGAUGAAACUAGUAAAAGGGAGCAUGCCAUCUACUAUCUGAGUAACAAGUUUACAGACUAUGAAUCUCGGUACUCCAUGAUUGAGAAGACUUGUCGUGGUUUAGCUUAG